AUGGUGAAUCUCGACGAUAAAGCUUUCGGGUUACUCGCUGUGACGAAUGGACAGUUUCCCGGCGUACAGUAUGCCCUUUCCUACACUCAAAGCGCUCAACUCAGCUUCCUACUUUGUCCACCACGGCAGGCUGGCUAUCAGGCUGCGAGGAUCCGGGAAUCGGAAGCGUGUCGGGAUAGGGACACAGGAGGGUCUCUGGCCGCCGUAGAUGAAGUAUGCGAGAUUGGAAAAUAUUCGCAACUAAGCUCCGGCUCCCUCAUUCCCAUGUCAUUACGAAGACAAUUUUCUUGCAACAAAGCUCUGGGGAGGAUAUUCUUAUAUCUUCUCAUCUUUGCUGCCUACUCUUUAGACCCAGAAGUUUGCCGGGAUUCCUUGGUCAACUUCCAUUCACCGUCGAGAGGAAGCUACAACUCGAGCUGGCCGGCCAAUCAUUGCGGCUUGCCAUCCAGCAUGGCCGCCCAAAAUCAUGCUCCGGCUCCAACAUAUAAGGUUGGCCAAAGAGAUAUAAACGCGGUGGAGCACCCAAUGGUAGUGAAGAACUUCAACAAGGCACUCGCAACUUUUGGGUCGGACAAUCCUUUUGACAGGGCAAUAUGUUUUGAGAUGGAGAGAUCUCGUGAUCCGCCUCGUAUUGAAUAUGAUCAAUUGACACGGGAUCGGAUUGUAAAGGCGGAUGAGCCUCAAAAGGGUAUACCUCUAUACUUGAGACCAAGCGACCCCUUGUGCGCUCCCAUUACCUCUCAUAAUGCUGCGACGAACAAUCUUCUCAUCAAAGUCACAGUACCUAAAAGGACUGGCCGAAAGCGAAAGCGUGGAUCUCAGGAUGUCUUUCUAGAUGCCGGCCCAGCUUUAAAUCAGAACGGGACUCUAACCGGGGCUGCACGGAUCCAUCCGAUCGAGUUGCUACAAAUGCUCAAGGAUAACUCGGAAAGUUACUCUGUCGACGUAGUCGGAAAGAUACACCAUACACAGAGAUUUCGAGACCCUGCCGACUUCCAACAGUCUACAAAACACACUGACUUCUUUCCUCGGUUAAGAGAUACUGUAUUAACAGGCCAUGUGGAAAAAAUUAGAGAGUUCCAGCUUGACCCCUCGAGGGGUCCGAAACGGAAAGAUGAAAUCAUGCCUCCGCCUUUCUUCACAAAUCAAUCUUUGCCGCUUAUUUGGAAUUGGCAACCUGAUCCACCUGAAGAUACCGGACUCCAGCAGGUUCCUUCUCGCUCGAAGGCAAAUGCAGCUCCACGGAGGAGAAAUUACAAUCCUACCCUCAACUCUAUUCACCCCGAUGCAGAUUGUCCAAUGGAGCUUCCUGACGAUGUCUCGAAUAAGUACGCAAAAGCGUUACAGCCGAUGAUGUCGCUGUUACAAGAAGUCUUCAACGAACGUCCAAUCUGGGCAAGAGAAGCAUUGGCGUUGAGAGUCUCGCAAUCCCCCCAUAUGGCAACACUGAAAAAGGCCCUUCAAUACGUUUCGUAUCGAUUUACUGCUGGUCCUUGGCGAGACUGCUUAAUUAAGCGUGGUGUCGAUCCUAGGCGAGACCCAGUAUAUCGAGCCUACCAGACCAUCUACUUCAGGGUUCAUAACGAGGAGAAGGCGGAAAAGAAAUGGUACCAGCCGUCGCGAUACACAGGCUCUCAAAAUCAUGCUAUAAGUCCUAUCCAGACGUUUGAUGGCAAAUCAUUCACGCCAGGCAACAGGACUUGGCAGGUCUGCGAUAUUUCAGAUCCACUACUUGAACGCCUUAUCAAGACUGCACCGGUUCGACAAUCCUGCGACAACGCGUGCGAUGGUUGGUUCACAAAUGGUGCUUUGGCCAAAAUCAGGUCUAUCAUGAGGACAAAACUCGACGUGAUUCAAUUAGGAAAAGAGGUUACUGAUGAGGAGUUUGCUGUCACUCUCGAAUUUCCAGAUGCUGUCGCUGGAAAACGAGACCACCGGGACAUAGUUGUUCCAUUACCUGACGUUUAUCCGAGCAACGAAGAGAUCACCAAAAUGAGUCAAAAAGGCAUCCAUCUCAUACGGACCGGUGCAAGAAAAGCGACUUUGGGCAAAGGCCCCUUGCGAUCCAGAAAUCGCACUGCACUUCGACACGCUAUCACUACGUACGAAGAUACCGACGAAGACGACCCAAUGGAAUACCCGAGAUUUUCACGCUUUACAUCAGGCGAGGAUGAAAACAAUGGCGAUCCGAUUCAAGGAACUGGCAUUCCAGCAACCUCUUUUGGCGAAGCAUACAUCGGGCAAACCCAGCAGGAUGAUGACGGUAGCGAGAAUAAACUGUUGUAUGGCGAAAACGAACAGAUGAUGCCAGGUUCCUUCGAUGGUGCUGAAGACGCUCCGUCGGAUUCUGAGCGGAGCGAGCUUGGGUCUGAUGAAUAUGGAGAUUCUGAGCUUGAUACGCCUAGUAGAACUUACUAA